AUGUCGGGUUUACCUAAGACUCAAGUUUUGGUCGAGGAGGGUGGUAAUCAGUGUAGAAAACGUUCUCAAGUCAAUAACGAACAGUGCAGCAAGAAACCCAAAUUGAACGAAAUGAAUGUCAACGAGAAGAAAUCGAACUUCUCCUUGUUAACUCCUAACUCUAAUGGUGCGAUUAAGAUGACAUCGGCCAUGAACAAGCCGGGGGCAACAACAAAGAAACUAGUUAUAAAAAACUUUAAAAGUAAACCGAACCUUCCAGAAAAUUAUCAAGAGACGACAUGGAGCAAACUAAGAGAAGCCGUUAUCGCCAUCCAAACAUCAAAAGCAAUAGCUUACUCCUUAGAAGAGCUUUAUCAAGCAGUUGAGAAUAUGUGUAGUCAUAAGAUGGCAUCACAAUUAUAUGUCAACCUUACAAAUUUAGUUGAAGCACAUGUGAAGGCCAAUAUUGAACAGUUCCUUUCUGAAAGCAUGGAUCGUCAGGUAUUUUUAAAGAGGAUGGAUGACUGCUGGCGCGCCCACUGCCGCCAGAUGAUUAUGAUUCGCAGUAUAUUCCUCUAUCUUGACAGAACUUAUGUAUUGCAAAAUCCUAGUAUACACUCUAUAUGGGACAUGGGUCUAGACUUGUUCCGGCACCAUAUAGCAAUGAAUACGUUGGUGCAAACCCGCACUGUCGAUGGGCUGCUAUUAUUAAUCGAGCGGGAGCGCGGCGGUGACGCCGUCGACAUAUCACUGCUCAAAAGUCUGUUACGCAUGUUAUCAGAUCUACAGAUAUAUCAAGAUGCCUUUGAACACAAAUUCCUACAAGCAACUGAGCGGUUAUAUGCAGCUGAGGGACAGCGACUGAUGCGAGAAUUGUCAGUGGCGCAGUACCUCGCCCACGUAGAGAAGAGACUUCGCGAAGAGAAUGAGAGAUUACUGCAUUAUCUUGAUCCAUCAACCAAAUGGCAACUGAUCCACACAAUCGAGCGGCAGUUGCUUAGUGAACAUUUGACUGGUAUUUUGACCAAAGGUCUGGAAGCAUUGAUGGAUGGACCACGGUUGGCCGAUCUCACCACGUUGUACAACCUAUUUAGUAAAGUCAAAGAUGGCCUUAAUGAACUGUGCAAUCAUUUCAAUGCUUAUAUAAAGAAAAAAGGACGGACGAUAGUUAUAGAGCCGGAACGCGACAAAACAAUGGUUGCUGAGCUUCUCGAAUUUAAGGAACAGUUGGAUCAUGUUGUGAGCACUUGCUUCCAAAAAAAUCCAAAGUUCGUGUACUCAAUGCGAGAGGCCUUUGAGUACUUUAUCAACCAGCGGCAGAACAAACCUGCUGAAUUAAUUGCCAAAUUUGUGGACCUUAAACUACGGGCUGGCAACAAAGAAGCGACAGAAGAGGAGCUUGAGAGGCUGCUGGACAAAAUUAUGGUUCUGUUCCGUUUCAUCCAUGGUAAAGAUGUGUUUGAAGCAUUCUACAAAAAGGAUCUGGCCAAGAGACUGCUAGUAGGAAAGUCUGCUUCGGUAGAUGCCGAGAAGUCCAUGCUCAGUAAACUGAAGCAAGAGUGCGGAGGUGGAUUCACAUGUAAAUUAGAAGGAAUGUUUAAAGAUAUGGAGCUUUCUAAAGAUAUAAAUAUUACUUAUAAACAGCACUUAGCAGCAAGCCAAGAAGGUGGAAGUCUAGAAUUAUCAGUGUAUAUCCUUACCAUGGGCUUCUGGCCAACAUACCCGGUGGCUGAGGUCCGGCUUCCAGCAGAACUGACUCGCCACCAGGACCAUUUCGCAAAGUUCUACUUGGCGAAACACUCAGGCCGUAAGCUGCAGUGGCAAGCAACACUGGGACACUGUGUCCUCAGAGCUCAUUUUGCACAGGGUAAUAAAGAAUUACAGGUAUCACUAUUCCAAGCUCUCGUUUUACUUCUUUUCAAUGAUGGCGAUAAUCUAUCUUUUGAAGAAAUCAAAGCGGCGACGAAUAUAGAGGAGGGCGAGCUGCGGCGCACGCUGCAGUCGCUGGCGUGCGGCAAGGCGCGCGUGCUCAGCAAGGCGCCGCGUGGCCGCGAGGUGCACGACGCCGACCACUUCGCCUUCGCCGCCGACUUCACCAACAAGCUCUUCCGCAUCAAGAUCAACCAGAUACAGAUGAAGGAGACCAGCGAGGAGCAGAAGGCGACGGAAGAGCGCGUGUUCCAGGACCGCCAGUACCAGAUCGACGCGGCCAUCGUGCGCGUCAUGAAGAUGCGCAAGGCGCUCUCACACAACCUGCUCAUCUCCGAACUGUACAACCAGCUCAAAUUCCCCGUCAAGCCUGCCGAUCUCAAGAAGCGUAUAGAGUCGCUAAUCGACAGAGACUACAUGGAGCGUGACAAAGAUAACCCGAACCAAUAUAACUACGUAGCGUAA